UUUUUACAUAGAACCAUUAGCUUUUGUACAACCUGACGCCCACUAAAGGACACCUCCCCAGCGGAAAAAAGUGCAACAGUGAAAACCAAUGGUGACAAUAAUUUAGCAAACCGAAGCCAACGCAUCCAGUGCCAGUAACCAGUCGCGCCACGAAUCCACCAUCCAAAUCCACUCACACAAACAAAUCCAAUGCCACACAGGCGGCGUGUUGAUGUCUUCCGGUGCUCCGAACAAAAUUCUAACGAUUUCCUACCACUCGCUGUUCAUCAUUACCACCACUACUACCACCGAAGGCUACCCUCAGCCGAUCAGCUAUUAGCCCUACGUGCGGCUAAUUCUCGUCCACCUUCGAACCUGUACGUGCAAUAAUCCCUGGAGAUGGCGAAGGUUUCGGCAACCUCCCACCAAGAUCCUACCAUUAUCGAUAUGAUGGAGAUCAGCAAGAAGCGUCCACCGAAGCUCAAGUCCGCAGAUCGGACCGUAUCGAUGCGAAUCGACAACUACUCGCCCGGGGCAGGAGGAGGAGGAGGCGCGGGAGGUGGCGUCAUCGUAAGCGGUGCCACCAGUCCCAUAAUGCUCGACAAUAGCCUUAUCGUGCAUCACAGCCCCAUCGAGCGACUCUCGCCGGUUCCGCAUCAGAAGCAGCACCAACCCGACCCAAAGGUGUUCUUCGUGAACGAGUCUUCACCGACGUCCCUCAAGGUAGAAGACUACAGUUCAAAUCCUCGAAAGCAGAUGAGACGCUCGGAUACGCUACACGUAUACUCACCCUCGAUGCAUCAGCUACGGAAAGCAACAUCGUUCCACUCGAGAAGUAAUAGUGGAGGAUCUAACACGGAUGAGAUUGUAGCCGCACCCAUCAUUCGGCACAGUAGCGUUCGACACUCGCACGUCCACCCUCGAGAAUAUCUUGUCAAGCAAGACAGCGGCGGUGGAACAAGCAGUGGUGGUGGUGAGGAAGAAGAAGAGAUUCGCCAAGCUCCAGCUUAUGUGCACUCUCCGAAUGUUAGUGGGAAUCGAAGGAACUGUCACAUGCACCGGUCGUUCAACGAUCAGCAGAAGCAGCGUAAUGCAGCUUUUCUGCGGAGAGAUUCCGUCAAGUUCCACUCACUUGGAGAUGACAUGCCAGCAGAAGUUGUAGAAAGAAGCCCCCGAGAAUCGAAGAAGUUCAGUUCAGCUAAUGCUUCGCUCGAGAAUGAAAUCUACCGUUCGCGCAGCAAUAGUCGAUCGGAAAAGAAAACGGAAUCAUUUUCGGAUUUUGUUAACCGACAGAACAGCAAGAAGUACAAUCAGAAGAACAGCACUACCAGUUUAGACCAAGCCCUACCUUACAUUGGCGGAAGUGGUCCCGGAAGCUUCCGUCGGUCUGUUCUACAACAUUCCAACGCACACUUGCUAAGCCCUAAUCCACCUUUCACAGACGAUUUCAAACCGCAAAAGUCUCCAAUCUUCGAUCAGAAGAAGUCCUAUAGCCUUCGAUACAAGAAUGGUCGUGAUGCCCGGGAAAACUUCAAGGCAAAAAAGUCUAAAAGCUUUAUGAUAGAUCUGGAACCUCCACCAGCCAUCAUUAGUGGCGCGAGUAGUCCGUACCGAAAGGAUAGUGUAGCAUUCACCCCGGAAGAGGUGGACAAAAUCUAUAAGGCCUCACGCAAACUCUCACCCAACAUCAUACUGGAUGAUAUUGGUCGAGAAAUCAAUCCUGUCCCGAUGGACAUCAUGGACAUUAACUACGGCGUAAUCAUGAAGACCUAUCAGAUGAAUCGGGAAAAGUCACUUCGCAAGAGCAGACGGAAAACAGACAACAAGAAGCCAGAGUUUGACGAAGACAGUGAGUCCAACAGGAAACGCAAGCGGAUAGCGUGCAUCGUAAUGUCCGUAUUCAUAGCCUUAGCGAUAUUUAGUAUCCUAGCGGUCAUCGUAACGCUGACGCACACCAGCGCUGGUCCGUCGCAGACGAAGCCUACCUACACCUUUGCCCGGGAAACGCCAAUCCACGCCAUUCAUUCGCCAUAUAUGGUGCCGAAGGAUUCACCGAAACAUUACAACGGUGGCAAUUGAUGCGGUAGCAAUCGUAGUAGGCCCUUCUUGGCAACGUCACCCGAGUGGAUCAUCGACGCAGCAGGCUGCGACCUGGUGACGGUUAACUUCCUAGAGCUGUUUAGUUAGCAGUGUUUGUAGUGCAGUUUAGAAACAACGUUGAUUUGAGAUGAUCUUUAACAAUAUCCAACGAAGUGCCAAGGACGACCCCGGCGCGGCUUCAAUGCCGUUAGAAGGGCGACCACUCUUUUUUACUCAUGUUUCAAGUAACCGAAAAAAAAAAGCGGAACGGAACGGACACACACUAUUGAUUACGAAUUAAACUACAAGUGCAAGUGAUGAUUAGUUUACCGAAGCGAGUGAAAGAACGAAUAGCAGAAUAGCCCGUGUCAACAACUUCUGAUACAUAACAUACACAUAUAUACGAUAUACGUGAACUAGCGUUAACUAAUGUUAAAAUAAUCAGUAUUUUAAACCGGUGAAAAGUAAACAUACCCACUAAAUAACCUACCAGUAAAACUAGUACGAUAACGUUAAUGUAAACCAAGGUGAAGUUACGAUAAACGACAUACAGUAAACCAAAAAGGAAAAGUUAAAUGAUAUAGUAAUCUAAUAAAUGAUAAAAACAAAAAAACAGAAGCAUAUUGUAAUACACGCCCCAGAACGGAACUCUUCUAAUGAACAACUAAGGAGCUACAUAGUAAAGGAAACCAAGCACAAUUAUCAAAAUAACAUAGAAUAUCAAAAAAUCCACGAAACAGAUAAUCAAAACAGAAACAAAAGAUAUUCACAAACCAUAAAACUAUGUGAACGCGAAAAAAAAACCGUAACAAAACCCGUAUCCAACGAAGAGACUCACAC